UAUUUAUUUUUAAUUUAUAAAAAAAUAAAGAUGGAAGCUGAAUUCAUCAAAGUUACGUGUCAUUUCAAUCAAACGAAAGAAUCUUUUUAUUUGUGCAACACAUUAAAAUAUCACGAAGUACUUAAGGAAAUUUUGCACCGAAUUAAUCUAAAUAAUGUUAAGGGGUUCCACACUUACUGGUUUGAUUCACAACAUGACAAAAUUACAGUUUCGAAUGGUACGGAUUUUAAGGCUUUUAAAAGUAUGUGCGAGUCUCCAAAACAUUUACAUUUGAUACCAUCUUUUCCAAACACUGACAUGUCUACUAAAAUUGACUCAAAAACUGAAAAUAAAAAUCGAAUUGAAAAAUCUAAUAACAAUGCCAAUGGCAAUAAUAAUAUUAAUAAUAAUAAAAAUAAUGACAAUUUAAGUUUAUUUGCAUCAAAUUAUCCAAAGUGAA